AUGUCAACCUCUUCAGGCACCAACAACACAAUCGAAGAUGAAAAAUUGAAGUCGCAGGUUCCAUUUCCACAUUGUACUCGCCGACCCCUUCCAUUUUCAACAUCAUUUGGGAGUGAGGGGGACUCCAAUGAUCCAUUAGAGGCAAUAGAUGUAGUCAGUAGCAAACUGGAUUAUAAUUCCAGACUGAUCAAUUCAUGGCACGAGAAAUGUGUUGAAGAUGAGGCCAUUUUGGCUGAUCUUAACAUUAGAGUGAACAAAGCGUUCUCCCAAAAGAACAAGUACUUGAAGCUAAGUCAUAAAAGGAAGCUGAAAGCUGAGGAGUUGGAUACAGUAAUGAAUGAUGAAAUUUAA